AGGGGUACGAGUUUGCUAUUCAUGAGUGAGAGCUGUAUACCCUAUUAAGUUUUUUUCGACGAUUUAGGAUAAAACUAAAGGAAAGUCAAAAAUAGAUAUGUCAGAAGUCACAGCUUCAUUCCCAUUACCGCCAGCUCAUUACGUGAAACUUUUUACAAAUGAUAAUGUGUCGAAAAAUCUUACUCCAAAACCUCCAUCGGUCAGUUUAAUCGAAAGUUAUUCAAUGUUUGGAAAUAACUUCACAAAUGAUGAUACUAUCAUAAGACCACUCGAAAGUCAACAGAUAAGACGGUUAUAUCCUCAACAUUUCGAUCGUAAAAAAGAGUUGAAGAAACUCAACUAUUCCUUGCUUGUUAAUGUUCUAGACAUUCUUGAUAUUCUUAUAAAUGCACCAGAAUCAUCAAAACGAACCGAAAAAAUCGAUGAUCUUACUUUACUCUUCGUUCAUAUCCAUCAUCUUCUUAACGAAUAUCGUCCACAUCAAGCGAGAGAAACACUUCGUGUUAUGUUAGAACUUCAAAAGAGGCAACGAAUUGAGACUGCUAAAAGAUUUAAUUAUCAUCUUGAAAAAGUGAGGGAUAUCGUCAACAACUCAUUCACGAAUUUAUUACCCAUUGAUGAGCCGAACAUCCCUAAGAUGGAUCCUGAUGAACUCUACAAUGAAAAUCGUGAAACUAAACAAGUGGGAUCUGUUGAACCUGCAGAUAGGCUGAUGUGUGAAAUUGUUGACGAGAUUCCAUUUUAAUGAUUUUUUUUUACACUUUUAAGCAUAAAUAAAAUUAUUUUUAUUAUACAUUUAAGUAUUUUCUUAAGUUAAUUUUAAUUCAAAUAAAUAUUGAUGGAUAUAAAAUAAAGUGGUUAGAUGUAAGACGUGUUCUCAUCAUUAUUUUU